AUGGAUCCCAACGACAGCAAGGUCUCUCCCACCUCGCGUCGUUCUUCGACCCGACGCUCGCGUUCAUUGAGAUUAUCCGCUGGUAGUGCUGGUAUUGAAGAUGAUUACGACCUCAACGCUAUGAUGGUGGCGGAUGGCUUCCGACCUACCGACAACACCGCCUCUUCUUCCACAGUGAACCCAACGCCAAACUCACAUCCUCACCCCGAGCCUUCAUUAACGCCAGACGAGUCUAUCCCACAACAACCAACUACCAAGUCAGCAGAGGCACCAGUUGCACCCCGUGCAUCAAAUGAAAUCACACCUGCUAUUCGAAAUCGACCCUCUAGUAUCUCAAAACCGCAUCGAAAUCAUGAUUCUCUCGCUCUCCGAAAUGAUGGCCCAACGAUGGCUGAUAGAUCUCAUGUACGCAACAACGCUAGCCUAUCAUCAGACGCUCCCGUCAUCCGUGCCGAAAGCCCUUACACCGGCCCCUCUGGUCCCUCGCAUCCAUACAACAUGUAUCCCCAACGAACAAUGAGUGUGGCUACCACAUCGACCGCCGCCAAUGCAGUCGUACCUGAAGAUCGGGGUUAUCAAGGAGCUCAAGGCCCAGCUCACCCAUAUGCUCUUUACACACAGAACACCACCUCCGGUGAGAGUAGCAGUCAAUCGAUCCCAGUAGGAUUCAACGGUCUAGGAGGAACUUAUCAGCGUCAACUGGGACCAGAUGGUGAAGAGGCAGGAGAUUUAGUGGGCCCUCUGGGCCAUACAGAGGAACUGCCGCCUUACACAAGAUACCCGGAUAACGCUUAUGUUCCCAGACCAGCUGCUCAAGCACCGGUCUCGCCAGUAUCGCCAAUUUCGGAACCCGCCUCCCCGGUUAGGGAUGUUCCAGGUCCUCAAAUACCUGGUACCCAAAUACCUGGUGCUGGUGGAAUUGGAAUGGCAACCCGUGAUCCUGAGUUCUCCUCGACUGAUGAUGAUCUGGCUCUACCAAGGACUCGACCUUCAGUGAGAAGUGCUGUUUCUUCUGACAACAGCUCGCACGACAUCAACACUGCUGCUGCUGAAGUUUCCGAAAAGCCAACCGCCAAUAAAUGGCAACGCCGUGCAAAGAAGAAGCUAUGGGGAAUCGUGCCUUAUUGGGCUAUCUGCCUCCUGCUUGUCGGUCUCGUUCUGAUGGGAAUUAUUAUGGGUGCUGUGAUUGGGACUAUGUUAACCAAAAAUCACCCACCACCACCCCCUGAUGUUGAUGAUAGAUACUCUACCUCGCCUCCUCCUACUCCAACAACAUUUGACCCUGAGAUCUUGACAGCAAUACCCACUGAUCUACCACCUAUGGCUACAGGCCGCUUCGCACUUCCUAACAUUGACUCUCCCCAAGGAUAUAGUGCUUGCUUCAAUGAUACGACACAGUCAUCGGCUUGGUCCUGCGACAUUGUCUAUCCUCUCUGGUCGGUUGAGAUCCUCAAGGACGUGGACCCGAAGGGGGAAUCCGACGCAGUUUCCUACAACCUUACACUCAAAGCCAUAAAUGACAACAAAUCUCCAUUCCCUUGGGGCGCUCAACCACCCAGUAUCAGAACGGUUUCUAUGAAGUUGGUCAAUGACACAACUGAUAGUGCACGCGGCCCUGCGUGGUGGUUAAGGACAACGUACAACAAGACCGUCAUUGUACCCAGCACCAAGCUUGGUGACUUGGACAAGCGAGGUUGGGACAACGACGAUUACGAAGACUACAACUCUUUCCACCGUUUCAAAAAUAAGCCAGUGAAUGCCAAGGUCGGCGACCAACCUUGGAUCUGCACCUGGCCAAAUACCGUUAUCGAAGUCUUUAUUUAUCCUAGCGAGAACGCAACAGGAUAUCACCCCACCCCAACACAAGGCGGAGACGAAAACCCUACUAGUACCGAGAACAGCUAUGCGACUUCAUCAACCGCUUGGGAUGCCUGGAAGCUUCCUAUUUACCCUCAUGUCUACAAGAUGAUGGAGCGUCGAUUUCUCUGGGAUGAAGACUCGGUAGCCACCUGUGCUCAGUACGAAGUUAUCGGCGACGGAACUGAUACGCAGCCGCUUACGAGAAAUGGCACACGAGUUACAAUGACCAUCCAGGAGGAUGAGGCCGAGGGCUUUAUUGAAAACCUGGAUCUUGAAUGGACGGACAAACACCACAAGCGAUCUCUUCCACAAUUAAUGAAGCGGACAAGCCCGGCACUAACCGACUGUGCUUGUAUAUGGAAAUCCCAAUAG